AUGACAGCUGUACUUCAAUUAGGAAACAGCACUACUUACUACUAUGUUUUUUCAGAAAGCACCAAGGAAAAUUCAAGCCUGCCUAAUUUCUCUGAAUAUCAAAUGGAUUUCGGCCUUCAUCCAAGAGAUUUCCGUCCAUUAGAAGAUAUGGAAGUCAACCAAACCACUUGUCCAUUUGAGAAACACUCAGCCCAUGAAUUUCUCCAGUAUAUUGGCGAGGAUAAAACGGUUAUAACUCCUAUAGAAGAUCAAUCUCAAGGAAUUAUUAACUACACUGCUAAAGAUUGUUUUUCUCUUAUAUUACACAUGAUCAUUCGUAGAAUUCGGGCAAAUUACAAAAAGAAACUUCAAUACAUAUUCAUUAUUGAUCCAAAUUGGGUUGGCAAGGAGAUUGAAGCCUUGCAGGAUUGCAUAGCCGAUAACGAGAUUACAAACUACAAGAUUGUUUACUCAGAUGACAUGAUCAGUAACUUUUUAAAUUCAUAUCUCCAAGAUCAUGAUAUAAAUGAUGAAAAACAUACCCUUGUUAUUAACUCAGGUUCAACAGGAACAGGAGCGUUUAUUGUCAAAACAAAACAAGAUCAAGAUCCAGAAAUUAUCAACAAAGGUUAUAUCAAAAUAGGAAACAUUAAUUUUACGAAUAUUUUAUGUGAAAUGUUUCUUGAUCAGUUCGAAAAUGACAACUAUACCGAUCAAACAAAAGAUGUAAUUGCAGAAAUCAAGGAACAAACUCCAAAUCCCUCAAAACGAUGCUUUUUCAAUGCAGUGAAUAAACUUUUACAAACAAUGUCUCCCGGUCUCAGAUCAAAGCUUGAUACAGUAUCCCUGAACCAAGCAUUUUUCGAGAGUGAUACCAUUGCUUAUGAUGAUGUCAUUCACAAUCAACAUUACUCAGAAAUUGCGCAAGAACUGACAAGUUUUAUUAAGAAAUUAAUUGGCUCUGUUAAAAUUGAUUAUUAUACAACUGUUGGUGGAAACUCUUUGAAUCCAUUCUUCAAACAGAUCGUCAAAGAGACAAUAUCAAAUUACCAGGAGCUUUGCUUGAACAAUUCCAGAUGUUCGGCAAUCAGUGGCGCAAUAGAAUUGCUUUCAAAGACAACGGAUUUCUCCAAAUUUUCAAAAGGUAAAACUGUGAACAAAGAACUCACGAAAAAUGCAAGAAAACAAUUUGAAGACAAUAAGUAUGAGGAUGAGCUCUUGAAUCAAUACGAAUCUAUUCCUGGUCUCACAAGAUACUUUAAUAAACUUGGUAUCGAUAUACCAGAAAAACUCGAAGAACUUCUCGAUAGUUUUGAUGGCGAACCCGAUGAUGAUUUAAAUGGAGUAGAAAAGAAAAUCAACAAAGCAAUUGAAGAAGUGCAAGAUUUUACUGAAGAAGAAUUCAUCAAAAAUGAUUGCAACAAAGAUAAUCUACGUACAGCAUUGACUGCUGCAAGAGAUGCAAUGACAGCUAAACAAAAACUAGAACUUUUGUCAUUAGCAGAUAAUAUCUACCCUCCAAUCAAAAAUUCCGAAAGUUUCAAACAGAAGAUGGAAAAUGAAGCUAAGAAAAGAGGGAAUGAUCAAGCAUUUAAAGAGAAAUUAUUGAAUGAAUUUUGUCAAUAUUUAGCUGAAUUUCAACAAUAA